AUGGCUGCUUCGUACGAACGAUUCAUCUGGAAACAGUCCAAACCAGGUCGCUGGGAGCGAGAUGUCGAUGAAGUGGAACAAUUCUAUACCUCGCUCGGCAAAGCAUAUGCCGGCAGUGGACGCACCUACUUUGCCAUAACCGCCCAUAUCUCGUACACAGUCGUCAUUGAAAAAAACAUUGACCGACUCAGCACAGAGCAGCGAAUUCAGGAAGCAUUGAAGAAAGCAUGGCUCCACCUGCGAUAUACCCACCCCACUAUUGCUUCCUGGGUGGAAUAUGAUCCCACAGCCAAGGAGUGCAAGAAGAUUUAUGAAGGCUUCCAUGAGCGCAAUGACCAAAAUUCCUGGCUGGAAGAUACCUUCCGGAUCAUUGCAGACAGCAAGAAGUAUCGAACCGGCCAGGAAUUUUCUAAUGCAGAUCCACCAGUUCCCAAGUUGCCGACGCUGUUCCUCGUCCAGCGUCCGAUAUCUUCAAACAACAUCCAGGCGGACCUCGUUCUCCGGGCUCACCAUGAUAUUAUUGAUGGCAUCGGCACACUGCACUUUUGGGACCGUCUCUUUGACUACGCAUCACAGGCCUAUGAUGAAGAAACCUGUUAUCAGCUGCCACACUUCGGGGACGAAUGGAAGAACCUGAGCCCACCGCUACGAGUCGCCGCAGCCAUUCCAGAGACUCUCACCAGUGAACAGACCGCCAGGAUCGAGCGUACCAAAGCUGUGAACUCAGCACUGCGAGAGAAAGUCGAAAUUGCUACCGUGCCCUUGCAAUCUGACGCGACUCUUCCUGGUAAACACCAACGUAUAGCCCUCAAACUGGACAAUGAGCAGACUCGGCGGCUGCUAGGGGCAUGCAAGGCCCUUGGGGCGAGCGUGACGCACAUCUAUCACGCUGCUAUUGCUGUGGCAUUGCGAGAUGCACAGAAGCGAUCCAGUCAGGCUCGAAGCGUCCGCUAUAUCAACUAUUCUCUAAUCAACGAACGUGAUCACUGCCUUCCACCCUACAGCACUCCCGCGCAUGCCGUAUCGACUUACCAUUCCGUGUCUGGACAAAGUCUGGCUAUCGACCUGGGAGUCCCGGCAGCUUCUGUCCCUCAAAGGGAUCAACAACAACAAAAAGACGAAUUCCGAGGCAUCAUACAGGAAAUCAAAAACUUCUAUACAGAAAUACGCGACGACAAAGAGCAUAUCGCCCUAGCACCCGCCUAUUGGACCCUAACAGCGCUCCCUUACGAUCCAGUCCCAACGCCCGUUCCCAGUCCGAACCCUACACCGUCCGCAUCAAUCUCGAGCAUGGGAGUCAUAGACAAGAUUAUCCAGCCUCAUCGGUCUGUCUUCGAGUUGGAUGAUCCGUGGGUCACCGGUGAAGAAUUAGGAACGGGACUCGGCUUCUUUCUUGGGACGUUCAAGGGAGAAUUGUCUUUUAGUGUGGCGUAUAAUGAUGUUUGGCAUAAUUUGGAGGAGGCUAGAGGGUAUUUGAAUAGAUGCCAGGAGAUUAUACUGGAGUGCGCGGGGAUUGCGAUGUAA